AUGAAGGUUUUCUUGUUCUAUCUCGCCCCUUUGCUAUUGUUCUUGUGGUGUAGCCAAGUUUGUGUUGUGCAAGGUCGAUUGCUCUCGAUUUCAACAAAACCUGAUCCAAACGACGCUGUUGCAACUGCUCGUUGGUUGGUAUCUUUCAAUUUCUGGGGCGUCUUAAGUACUAUCUCAACUGAUUUUGAUGGAGCACCCUUUGGCAAUGUGGUAUCGUUUAGUGAUGGACUACCAAACCAAGGCAUCGGCAUCCCAUACUUCUACUUAACUACUCUAGACCCAACAGCAAGGCACGCAUUACAAGACGGAAGAGCUUCGUUCACGGUCAGCGAGUACCCUCUUGGAACAUGUGGCAAAAUCGACCCAGAGAAUCCUACAUGUUCGAAAAUUACGCUUACAGGGAAGCUGAAAUUGGUUGAUGAAAAGUCAGAGGAAGCCGAAUUUUCGAGAAAUGCCUUGUUUUCCAAGCAUUCAGAGAUGAGGGAUUGGCCAGAGGAUCACGAUUUUCAGUUCUUCAAAUUGGAAAUUGAGAAAAUAUUUUUGAUUGAUUGGUUUGGUGGUCCAAAACCUAUCACAGUGGAUCAGUACUUACAUCCUAAAAUGAACAAUCAUGCAUUCAUUCUCUGA